UCCCUUGGGUUAUUUUAGGAAGCCCUCCCCCACUCCCCCUGCCUCCCAUCGCCGUUAGGAUGGUCCGGUCCAGGCCAGAGGAAGGGGAGUGGUAGGAGAAAAGGGAAAUCUUUAACAAUGACUUCAUUAACGUGAUGCCCAACAUGACCACCACAACUGGACUUUACUGCUGCGCUCAAACACUGGAUAUAUGAUACACUAACACUGGAUUAAAACUUCUUUUUUCUUUUCAUAAAACAUGGAAGUUUGUUAAAGUUCCCGCCUUCUGAGACGUCAUAACUCCUAAACAUGUUGAUCACAAAGAUUGAAGCCAAGGAGGCCUGUGAUUGGCUGCGAGCGGCGGGCUUCCCUCAGUAUGUGCAGUUAUUCAAAGACUGCAGGUUUCCCAUCGACGUGGAGUGGGCCAAGCGUGACCACCACUUCCUGGAUAAAGAUGCCCUCGAGUCGCUCUGCAGGAGAUUAAGCACUUUAAACAAAUGCAUGGAAAUGAGGCUGGAGCCGCGGAGAUCAAAACGAAGGGGAGACGACUUUGAAGAGGAAGACUUCUGCGCCAUCAGCCCCAGCUGGACCUACGACAGGACGACAAAACGAUGGCGCCGCAACGACCUGGCAACGGACUUUCUUCAUCCACCGGGACACCAGGAAGUGUCUCUGUGUGACAACAGCGAGCGCCACGACGUGUGCUCCAUCCACAGCUCCUCCAGCACCGAGAGCGAAGGCCACGAGGGUCGCCAUGACAACAACAGGAACCGCAUCACAGCCUCCUCUACGGCGACUACAACCAGCACCACGGACGACCAGGAGACCAGCAGGAGCUCCUCCCGCUGCUCCUCCAAUAACAAGACCCCAUCCUUGGACACCUCGUUCAGCGGACCCCCGUCCCCAGGGGGAAGCGGCGGGGGUUCGUCCACCGUGAGUCUGGAGGCCGAGGGAUGCUUCGCAGAAAAACCACCCAGGAAGAAGGGGACGAGUCUGCUGAGGAAGAUGGAGAAGCUGAGGCUGAGAGGGGCGAGUGGGCCGCACGAGUCUGAGAGGAGCAGUGGUAGUGGGCCCAGGAGGGUCACCAGAGGGACGCCUCUGACCCGGCAAGGUCCGGUGGAUGAGGACAGGAUGGAGGGGCUGCACGAUCCACAGAGUCUGCAGCAUCAACCCCACAGUCGGACGUCAUCAUCACCUUCGUCUCCUCACACCAUCAGCAGCAGCAGCAGUAACAACCAAUCAGAGAGCAGCAGCACCGUCAGCACGCCCAGCCCCGUCACCCGCGUCAGGAGUAACUGUAAACGCUCCAACAGCGGCGUGGGCGGAGAACCAACCCGGACCAACCAGAACAUCCAGAACCACAGCGGCACAGAGAACUACAGAAACCAGAUCAACAACAACAACAACAGCAGCCAUGACAGUCUGGUCUUCCAGGUCCCCCACGGGCACAAACCGGGGACCUUCCCCAUGUCCCUGGCCCACAAACACACCAUCCUGUCCCCCAUCAUGGACCACAGCUCCGUCAACUGGAGGACGGGCAGUUUCCAUGGUUACCGGGGGAGGCACAGCUGCCGCCGCGGUACGUCGGCUCUGGCCGCUGCCGGUCGGGCCCCGUCGUCGUCUUCUUCCUGUGACGCCGUCGGCCCCGGUCCGCUCCCUGGGCCAGACCACCGUCUGAGCGUCUACGACAACGUACCCGACCAGCUGCUGUCUGAGAGCGAAGGCAGCAGCGCAGGAAGUGACGCCGAGCGCAUCAGCGUCGAGUCCGAGGUGAGUCGUCUGAUGGCAGGUGAGGACGUGUUUUCAGCUCUGGACAGUGUCCUGGAGAGAAUCAGCAACCUUCAGCAGCUGGUGUCCUCCUGGAGUGAGAAUCUGUCUGAGGACGACUCUCAGAGAGGUUCCUCCUCUUCAUCUUCCUCUUCCUCCUCUUCAUCUUCCUCCUCCUCCUCAUGCUCCCAGGACUCACCUGCCCUUGUCGCAUCCCCUUCGUGCCCUUCGUCUCCCAGCCACAUCCACCUGGAGGUGCAGCAUCCAGAGGACCAGGAUGAGGAAGAGGAGGAGGAAGAAGAGGAAGAGGAGGAAGAAGAGGAAGAGGAGGCAGAAGGCUGUGAAAGGAUACCUGGGAAUGGAGAAGAGCCAGAGACCAGGAGCAGCAGAGUGAGUCGGCAGCUGCACUGGUCCAGCCAACAGAACCUGCCCUCCAUGCCUCCCAGUCCAGGAGUGGAGAACCAGUCCGUCUCCCAGUUCAUCCUUCUGCAGAAACUGUCGCUGCUCAAACUCACCGCUCUGAUGGAUAAAUACUCGCCGUCCAGCAAGCAAGGCUGGAACUGGACCGUCCCCAAACCUCUGAGGAAGACUAAGCUGAUGGAGGUGAAAGGCCGGCGGGUGUUCGGGGUCCCUCUGCUCGUCGGCGUGCAGCAGACAGGAGAGCCGCUUCCUCCCAGCAUCCUCCGGGCCCUGGUGUACCUGAGGACCGAGUGUCUGGACCAGGUGGGUCUUUUCCGGAAGUCGGGGGUAAAAUCUCGGAUCCAGUACCUCCGUGACCUGGUGGAGUCCGACCCGGACGGCGUGACGUUCAGCGGUCAGUCUGCUUUCGACUUGGCCGACAUGGUGAAGCAGUACUUCAGAGAUCUGCCCGAACCCAUCUUCACCAGUAAACUCUGCGAGUCCUUCCUCCAUAUUUACCAGUAUUUUCCUAAAGACCAGCAGCUGAUGGCGGCUCAGGCGGCCAUCUUGCUGCUUCCCGAUGAGAACAGGGAGGCGUUGCGGACUCUGCUCUUCUUCCUGCGUGACGUGGUCGCCUGCGUUGAUGAAAACCAGAUGACUCCGACCAACAUCGCUGUCUGCCUGGCGCCGUCGCUUUUCCACCUGAACACUCUGAGGAGAGACGGCAACGCGCCCAGAUCGAGUCACAGGAAGUACAGUCUGGGACGUCCGGACCAGAGGGACCUGAGUGAGAACCUGGCAGCCACCCAGGGCCUGGCCAACAUGAUCACUGAGGCCCAGAGACUCUUCCAGCUCCCAGAAUUUUGGCCCAGCCAGACUUUGAGCUCUACAGGCUCCAUCGAGGACACCCAUCCUGAGGAGGGAGGAGGCCCAGGGUCCCUCAUUCCCCCCAGUGGAGGAGAUGUGGACCAGCAGGAGAGAAGGAUGAGGCUGGAGCAGAACACCCAGCACCUCCUGAAGGACUGUAGAGAGAAGAGUCGAGGCUGGGAGAGUCAUCCUGCGCCGGAGCAUGUGGAGCUGGCCUUUAAGAAGGUGGACGAUGGCUGUCCUCUGUGGAUGUGGCGGGGCUCGGUGGAGGUGGACGCCCCCCAGAAGGAGCUCCUCCAUCGGCUGCUCCGGGAGCAGCAGCUGUGGGAGGGAAACCUGCAUCGGGCCGCCGUCAUCCAGACUUUGUCCAAGGACACUGAAGUGUACCGCUACCUCCUCCAGGGUCAGGGCCACAGCCUGGGCUCCACGGCCCCCCAGGAGCACCUCCUGCUCAGGACCUGGCAGAUGGACCCAUCCUCAGGACCCGUGUUCCUGUCCUCGGUCUCCACGGACCACCCUGAGGUUCUGCCGGAGGGGGUCAGGGUCCACGUCCACUCCUGCCUCUACCUGCUGGAGCCCACGGGAGCCAGGAAGACCCGCCUGACACACCUGUGCAGGACCGACACCAGGGGUCGGUCCAACGACUGGCACAGUAAAGUGAGCGGACAUCUCCUGGCCUCCGGUCUGCUGUCCAUCAGAGACUCCUUUAAAGCCGAACACAGAGAGACAAAGAUCUGAGUCCACGUACAGACGGACUCGCAUUUGCACUAACGUGGAAAACUCACCCUGAACUUCACGUCUGGUCGGACUAGGUUUAUUUUCAGAAAAUGGACUCCGGCAUGGCUUUCACUUUGGACUUGGUGUUGAGUUGUAGAAGUGAAACUCGUGGCCCAGAGCAGAGAAGGUGACCUGACGCUGAGGCCUCCACUAAAUCAUCGGCGUCUCUUUUAGAUUUUACUGUUCGCUCUCAGCUUUUGUCAGUGACCUUGCGAGUUGCCAGCAGCACCUCUGCACAUCCUGCUGAGUCUGUAACGCUUCACGCCCAAGUCCACAAAAGAAUGCAAACGAUGGGGGGCUUUGAAAAAGGACGUUUUGACACCAAUGUUAAAAAAAAAAAAAAUUACAAUCUAUGCCUCCUACAGGGGGAAAGGUUGGAAAGUGGAUGAAAA